ACGGCCUGAGGCGGAGUGCACCCUGAGGGCGGAAGAGGUAAGGCGCCCCGCCUGCCGGGGCCUCAAAGGCGACUGACUCCUAGAGGCUGCGGCGGAGGGGAGAAGCCUGGUGGUACAUUCCAUGGCCCAGUGCCUCGGCCACUGGAAAAUCCCACAGGGGUAUAUCGAGUAGGGUACCGUGGGCUCCGCUGCAGAAAUGAUCACCCUUCCAAGAUGGCGGCUCCCGUAGAGACACUCCCAAGGGGACAGCCAUGUUCCUUGCCUGACAGUCGCUGCAGGAAAUGGGAAAGCCCGCCUCUCCUUCGACGCACACGCGCACGCACGCACGCACCGGCGCGGUGUAAGGGCACCAGGUGUAAUUGUGGGCGAGCGGCCGCUUCGGAGCUGACACUAAGCAUGUGCAGAUCAAGUCCAGAAGCGCCGGGGUCCCUCGAAGCAGUUUUCAGGACUUAAGGCUCUGGGACAUCCAGCACAGUGAGCCUCCCCUGGGCACUACCAGAAAAUAUUUGUGGGUGAACGUGGAGUGAUGACCAUGUGGACACUGUCUUUCCAGGGUUUCUUGGAGCCUCUGCAGAGUCUGGGGGCCAGGCUCCUUAGUGGAAACUGCAGGAUCUUCCUUCUGACUCCUGCUUGCCUCGCCCCAGCAGCUCCGGUUGAGUCCGCAGACGCCAGCUCAGCUUCCAGCUUGGGAAAGAGUGGGGUUGUCAGCAGGAGAGCCUGAGGGCUGAGGCCCAGCGUGAACAUGGCAGCUAAUGGGGACUCUCCCCCAUGGUACCCGGUCGUGGCUGCAGAGGGACGUGGCAGCUCAUGUGAGGUGAGGAGGGAGAGGACCCCGGAGGCAGUAAUUCAUUCAGUGAGGAGAUACCCUGACCUGUCCCCAGGGCCUCAGGGCAGGAGCAGUGCUGACCAUGCUGCCUUGAACAGGAUUGUGUCGUUACAGGCUUCAGUGUCAUUUGAGGAUGUGACUGUGGACUUCAGCAGGGAGGAGUGGCAGCACUUGGAUCCUGCCCAGAGACGCCUGUACUGGGAUGUGACACUAGAGAACUACAGCCACCUGCUCUCAGUGGGGUACCAAGUUCCCAAGUCAGAGGCCGCCUUCAAGUUGGAGCAAGGAGAGGGGCCAUGGACGCUGGCGGGGGAAGCCCCACAUCAGAGCUGUUCAGGUGAGGCUAUUGAGAAAAUGCAGCAACAGGGAAUUCCUGGAGAAAUUUUCUUCCACUGUGAGAGAUUUGAUCAACCCAUAGGAGAAGAUUCAUUAUGUUCUAUUUUAGAAGCACUGUGGCAAGAUAAUGACCAGUUAGAGCGAUGUCAGGAAAACCAGAAUAACCUUUUAAGUCAUGUGAAAGUAUUGAUUAAGGAGAGGGGCUAUGAACGUAAAAACAUUGAAAAAAUAAUUCAUGUGACUACCAAGUUUGUUCCUUCAAUUAAAAGACUCCGUAACUGUGACACAAUUUUGAAGCAUACUUUAAACUUACAUAAUCAUAGUAGAAACAGUGCAACAAAGAACCUUGGCAAGAUUUUUGGAAAUGGUAACAAUUUCCUCCAUAGCCCUUCCUCUACUAAGAAUGAGAAUGCUAAGACAGGAGCAAAUUCCUGUGAACAUGAUCACUGUGAAAAACAUCUCAGCCACAAACAAGCUCUCACUCACCAUCAGAAAAUUCAUCCUGAGGAGAAGCUUUAUGUGUGUACUGAAUGUGUAACAGGCUUCACUCAGAAGUCACAUCUGUUUGAGCAUCAAAGAAUUCAUGCGGGAGAAAAGUCCCGUGAAUGUGACAAGAGCAACAAAGUCUUCCCCCAGAAACCCCAGGUUGAUGCACAUCUGAGUGUUUAUACAGCAGAAAAACCCUAUCUGUGUACUCAAUGUGGAAAAGUCUUUACCUUCAAAUCAAGCCUCAUUACACAUCAAAAAAUUCAUACCGGCCAGAAACCCUACAAAUGCAGUGAAUGUGGAAAAGCCUUUAUCCAGAGAUCAGACCUCUUUAGACAUCUGAGAAUUCAUACAGGAGAAAAACCUUAUGAAUGCAGUGAAUGUGGAAAAGGCUUCUCCCAGAACUCAGACCUCAGUAUACAUCAGAAAACUCAUACUGGAGAGAAACACUAUGAAUGCAAUGAAUGUGGGAAGGCUUUCACAAGAAAAUCAGCACUCAGGAUGCAUCAGAGAAUCCACACAGGAGAGAAACCUUAUGUAUGCGCUGACUGUGGGAAGGCCUUCAUCCAGAAAUCACAUUUCAACACACAUCAGAGAAUUCACACUGGAGAAAAGCCGUAUGAAUGCAGCGACUGCAGGAAAUCCUUCACUAAGAAGUCACAACUCCAUGUGCAUCAAAGAAUUCAUACUGGAGAGAAACCCUAUAUAUGUACAGAAUGUGGAAAGGUCUUCACUCACAGGACAAACCUCACCACACAUCAGAAAACUCAUACUGGGGAGAAACCCUAUAUGUGUGCUGAAUGUGGAAAGGCUUUUACUGACCAGUCAAAUCUCAUUAAACACCAGAAAACUCACUCUGGAGAGAAACCCUAUAAGUGCAAUGGCUGUGGAAAAGCCUUCAUAUGGAAGUCACGCCUCAAAAUACAUCAGAAAUCUCAUAUUGGAGAGAGACACUAUGAAUGCAAGGACUGCGGGAAAGCCUUUAUCCAGAAAUCAACACUAAGGGUGCAUCAGAGAAUCCAUACAGGAGAGAAACCCUACGUUUGUCCUGAAUGCGGGAAGGCCUUUAUCCAGAAAUCACACUUCAUUGCGCAUCAUAGAAUCCAUACUGGAGAGAAGCCUUAUGAAUGCAGCGACUGUGGGAAAUGCUUCACUAAGAAGUCACAACUCCGUGUGCAUCAGAAAAUCCACACAGGUGAGAAGCCCAAUGUAUGUGCUGAAUGUGGGAAGGCCUUCACUGACCGAUCAAAUCUCAUAACGCAUCAGAAAAUCCACACUAGGGAGAAACCCUAUAAAUGUAGUGACUGCGGGAAAACCUUCACCUGGAAGUCACGCCUCAAUAUACAUCAGAAGUCUCAUACUGGAGAAAGACACUAUGAAUGUAGUAAAUGUGGGAAAGCUUUCAUCCAGAAAGCCACACUAAGUAUGCAUCAGAUAAUUCAUACAGGAAAGAAACCUUAUGCUUGUACAGAAUGUCAGAAGGCCUUUACCGACAGAUCGAAUCUCAUUAAACACCAGAAAACGCAUAGUGGAGAAAAACGCUAUAAAGCCAGUGACUGAGAAAAUCUUCACCUGGAAAUCACAACUGGGUAUGCAUCAGGUAUCUAAUAGUAGGGACGAGGAAGGCCUGAUGCUGCAAUUGUUGUGCAGGGGGAAAUGGAUAUGAGAGACUGAGGCUUGAGUGAACUGAAGGCAAACAGAGCCAAGUAUCCUUCAGUCCACUGGAAAGACAAGUUCCUGCAUCACCACAGUGUAUAUGCAAUUCAACGCAUAGGAAGAACCUUUAGAGAAAGCAUUUGAGCGAUAGUCAUGUUUGGUGACAUGAUUCAUACAGACCUCUUGAGCUUCUGGAAAUAGUAGAAUGAAGACCCGAGGAGAUGACUUGUCAUCUCCUAUGCUUCACUUUUUGGAUAAAGAACUUUUUAAAUUCAGUACUGAUUAGUUCAGCAUAUCCGGGGACAUAAAAGUACUCACUACUGGGAAACACUUUUUCAAAUUUCUAGGUUGGGGAGAAGAGUUUUCAUUGUCCAAACACUGGCAGGGCACUGACAUCAAGGCAGGAAAUCUACUUGGGAAUGCAGAUAUCUGUUUUUGUGAUCAUUGGCACUUCAGUCACAGAAAAGAUUCCCAUGAAAAACUGUUUUUUCCCUUCCCUUGGGAAGUCCUCAUGGUAUAUGUAUUUUAAGUGCAACAGAAUUUUUAAAUUUAAAGGUAUAACUUUAUGAAUUGGGAAAUUAGGCCUAGCUCUAGCCUGUGUUACAGAAACAUAGUCAUUGAAUGAUACAGACAUAUAAAGGUAGUAGUUAUCUCAUUAUUAAUCCCCUGCUGGGAGAGCAGGUGAGUCAUACCCUAUAAGAGGUAUGCAUGCCUUCUAACCUGUUUCCCCAAAGCUGUCAUUUGCAUAAGCUGCAGGCCAUAGAUUCCUUAUCCCCUCAGUAACUGACCCUACAACAAUGGAACUGAUCCACAGCGCUCUAGAUUUUCAGGCUCACCCACCAACACCCCUGCUUUCCUUGGGAUUCCUGUUUGAAAAAGAAUGGUUGAAAAAUUAGGUUUCACUUCCUAAUAUUUUGUUUUUCUUCCUAUUUGGUUAAGGUAUAUUCAUUUCAUUUCCUACAUGCACAUUAAGGGUAGCUUUGUGUAGACUGCUAUGGGAUAAAGUCACGUUGCAUUGCAAUUAGUUAUUCUAAAACAUAAUUACAGUUUAUCAUAGUUGAAUAACUGGAAGACUUCUCAAGAAAGAUCACUGCUCUUUUUUAACACUGAUAUAUAGACACUUUCUCAUUUUCCCUUAAACUUUUUUUUACAACACUCAUAAAAAGGAACUUUCUUUCUAGCAUGCAAUUGUAUUUUUAUUUUAUUUUAAAAUAUUUUUAUUAAACUGUAUAUAGAAAAUGCAUAUAUCAUAAACAUACAGCUCAAUGCAGUCUCAAAAAUGAACAUACUCAGGUCAAGAAACAGAACAUGACCACACCCCAGAAGCCUUCCCCACUUUCCCUUCCGGGCAAGCCCCCAAGGGUAUACACUACCAUGGCUUCUCACAGCAUAGAUUCAUUUUGCCUGUUUUGUAUUUUAUAUAAAUUGAGCCAAACAAUUAUAUAUCAUAUAAUUGAGC